AUGGGUGCCGCUGAGACCGCCUUGCCCUCCAUCAGCACACUGACCACCCUGGGCCCUUUCCCAGACACGCAGGAAGACUUCCUCAAGUGGUGGCGCUCUGAAGAGGUACAGGACUUGGGCCCUGGCCCACCUGACCCUGCUGGGCUGCCCCUUCAUGUGAAGCUGGAGACAGAGGCUGCAGUGGUGGAGGACAAAGACCACGACGACGAGGAGAGGGACGAGGCCUCCGCCUGGGACCUGGAUCUGUUCCUCACCAACUUCCCCUACCCAGAGCGGGUUGGUGCGUCCCAGACCCCGGGAGAAGUCACGGGGACACAAUUCCCGCAGCAGCCCGAGACACUGGGCCCCUACACUGGUGGCCUGGGGCUGGUGGCUGGGCUCUUGGGUCCCGACGGUCACCCAGGCUGGGCGCGCCCAGCCCCACGAGUUCCGGCCCCCGACGCCUUUGUGGGUCCAAACCUGGUCCCGACCCCAGAGCCCAAGGCGAUGCCGCUGCAACCGGUUUACCCGGCUCAGGGUGUGGGAACCCCCGGCAGUUACUUCCCGCGGACCGGGCUUUCACUGCCUGCGGCGCCGGGCGCCCCCUACGGGCUAGUGUCCGGGUACCCCACGCUGUACCCGACGCCUCAAUACCAAGGGCACUUCCAGCUCUUCCGGGGACUCCGGGCUCCCGCGCCCAACCCCACCGCCACCUCCUUCCUAAGUUGUGUGGGCCCGGGAACAGCGGGUGUGGGACUCGGGGGAACCGUAGGAGAUUCCGGAGGGACAGCCGAAGUCGCACCAUCCAAGCGCUGCAGGCGCUCCUGCGCGCGCAAGCGGCAGGCGGCCCACACUUGCACGCACCCGGGCUGCGGCAAAAGUUACACCAAGAGCUCACACCUGAAGGCGCAUCUGCGCACGCACACCGGGGAGAAGCCAUAUGCCUGCACUUGGGAUGGCUGUGGCUGGAGGUUUGCGCGCUCAGAUGAGCUGACCCGUCACUACCGGAAGCACACCGGACAGCGUCCCUUCCGCUGCCAGCUCUGCCCACGCGCUUUUUCACGUUCUGACCACCUGGCCUUGCAUCUGAAGCGUCACCUUUGAGGACUGCCCAGACAUUUGGAUAUGUGACUGGGGGCAGAACAAGAGCAGAUCUAUGAGGGUGGUUUUCCUUUUGAUGGACUCUUGCCCGGACAUGC